AUGAGUAGCGAAAUGAUGCAAAUGUUUAGCGUAAUGGAUGGUCUUUUUAACUUCCGACCAUCGGUUCGGCCUGUUCCAGUUGAUGUACAUAUCCAAGGAUUUCCUGGACAGCAUUACUGCCCCCGAAUGGCGCUAAUGAAUAAACCAGCUUUUAAAGCCAUCAUCUCGUAUUCGCCACUGAAACCAGUCCUUGUAUUUGUUGCCUCCCGAAGACAAACUCGACUUACUGCUAUGGCGUUUAUAAGCCAUUUGGUGGCAGAAAGCGAUCCAAGGCAAUGGCUUCACAUCGAUAUGGCUGAGCUGGAGGUUUUGCUGCAGUCGGUAAAAGAUGAGAAUCUGAAGCUUACACUUCCAUUUGGUAUCGGUAUGCAUCAUGCUGGUUUAACUCCACAUGAAAGAGCGAUAGUUGAGCAGGUGGAUGUGCUACAAAUGAUGGGACGCGCGGGACGACCGCAAUAUGAUACAAGCGCAGUAGCU